AUGAAACGGUAUUCUCAGAGCCAACGAGCUGUCAUGUCGCUGUAUCGCCGGGGGCUGCGUCUCAUUCGCACCAAGCCCGAGGCAUCGCGCUUCGACUUUACGCUGUACCUUCGCCACUUUUUUAGACACCCUCACAUGGGCGGAGGCCUUUCCGUGCGCGACUUUGCUACGAUUGAGUACAUGAUGCGGCGGGCGUCACGCAUGAUGGAGGACGUGUACGAGAACCCCAGCACGAAGCGCAUCGCCCUGAGUCCCGCUGUCCGCCAGGAAAUGCACGACUUGGGCCUCAGUAGCUGGCGUCGCGGUCGCCCUUAA